AUGUUAUUGGCAGAUUUCAACCGUGUUCGGCCUGAUUAUGUGGUAAAAAGGAACAAUUGGAUUCCGAAGAAGGUUGGAAUGGUCGCAUGGCGUGCUUACAUGGAACGAUUGCCGACGAGAGUAGCACUUCAAAGGAGAGGAAUCACGAUUCAUAAUCUGGAGUGUAUUCUGUGUAGAGAAUACUGCGAAACCAGCGAUCACCUGCUCGUCUCAAGUGGAUUCGCACAAAUUGUUUGGCUACUGGUUUUCCAGUGGUGUAAAACGGAUCCGAUUAUCGCCUUUAGUUUACGGGAUAUUCUUGAUGCUCAUCAGAAGUUCGGUGGCUCGGAUAAGAAGAAGAAGGCUUUUCACGUGGUAUGUCUAGUUACUUUAUGGAGUAUCUGGAACCUUAGGAACGAUCUAAUGUUCGUUGGGAAAACAAAAUCCAUCGCGAAUGUUGUGGAGGAAAUCAAGGUGAAAAGUUUUAUUUGGGUAAAGCAUCGUGCAAAAGAGGUGAAUAUGUCAUGGGACCAAUGGAGAGUUUUUGAUGUAUUUUGA